CUUGUCUUUGUCACAUAGACACAGGCUAAAUUAAGAAACCGACGAGUCACAUGUGAAGUUUCAGCACUUCAUCUUUCAGUCUAAUUUUAGAAAAAGGGAAAUUUUCCCGUCUUUCUCUUCUUCUCUACUUGUAAAGACAGCUUCAAUCAGAGACAGUCGAAACUUCUGAGGCUUGCUGCGAUGUUCACUUUUAUCUGCAGCUGUGUAAAUCUGAGACACGUAAUGGAAAAUUCGCUUGGCAUGUGCAGUGCAUUUACUCGUACAUUGUUCACAUUACGCAUUUUAGCUCGAGUACAAAUGUAACAUGAGUCUGUGCAAUAGUAUUAGACUACGAAACGAGUGAAGAAGAAUGGCUGAAACUCAGUGGACUGUUAUUCAUACGAGAACGCAACGAAAAUAUGGUCCUCCGCAUGACUGGACAGGUCCACCUCCAUCAAAAAGCGCUGAGGUAUAUUACGGAAAAGUUCCGAGCAGUGUUUCUGAAAAAGAUUUACUUCCUUUGUUUGAGAACGUUGGAAAGAUUUAUGAAUUCCAGUUAAUGAUGAAAUCCAAAAGUUCUCAUCGUGGUUUUGGCUUUGUAACAUAUUCCAACAAAGCAGAUGCUGAAAGUGCAGUAAACACUUUGAACAAUUUUGAAAUCAGGCCGAAUCAGAGACUGAUUGUGCAAAAAUCCCUUGAUGCUUCCAAGUUAUACAUUGGUGGUGUACCAAUUUCGAAAACUAAAAAAGAGAUUUUCGAUGAAAUUUCUAAGUAUACUGAAAAUAUUGUGGAUGUUAUCAUGCAGGACAGAGAACUUUGUGAGAACAGAGGAUUUGUGUUUGUGAAAUAUGAAAGCCAUCAAGCCGCUGCAGUAGCUAAACAAAUAUUGCUUCAAGGGAAUAUAAAGUUAUUCAAUCGAAACUUCACAGUGCAGUGGGUUGAUUCAGAAUAUGAGUGUGAGACAGGAAGUAAGAAAGAGAUGGAGAAUAAAGGUCAGUUAUCAAGCUGUAAAAACAAUUCCAAUCAGGAGACUGUUAAUAAACACUCAGGAACUGAAACAAGCUUUGCUGCUCAGAGUGCAGAUGAACAAUUUACAGUAUCAGAUACAAUGCAGAGAACUGUUUGUAACUUAAGGGAAGUAAAAGACUUCAUGCAGUCAUCAAAAUAUUUAGACUUAGAAAGCUAUACAAAUCAGCGAUAUCAUUCUAUAGGCACAGGACUCUACUUAACAGAUGAAUUAGAAGAUUUACCUCCUCGUUUCCGUGACAAGGUUAAAUUAGCUUUUGAGAAGGCACUUGCAUCAGCUCUUGCUUUAGCAUCAGAUAUUUCUAAAAAUAUCCCUCCUCAGAUGGCUACAAACAUUUCAAAACCACCAGAAUUUUCCAGCUUGUUUAUUGAUGCAAUGAAAAGUGUAGAAGAAACUGGUUCUGUACCAUCAGAUAUAGUGAGCUAUUGUUUAAAUAAGUUAACAUCACCAUUGUCCAGAAGUAAUAAUACAAUUGAAAGACAUAAUUCUAACGAGCGUAACAGAUGCUUAUCCUCCUCCUCUUCCUCAUCAUCACAUCAAAAUAGUUCCUUUCAUGACAACUAUCAUAAUUAUCCAAUCCACAGUUAUGAAAAGCAAAGUAAUAAAUUUGGUAAAAAUCGACAAAGUCCUGAUCAUAAGCCAAUUUAUGACAAUAUUUCGGAAAAAGCAGAUUCUGAAACUAAUAGUAUGUCUGAUGUUUCUUCAAAUUUUUCUAAUGAUCUUAACAAGGGGUGUAAAAGAGUUUUCAAGAAAAAUAAUUCUGGGAACUUUCAACACUUCAAAGAUGAACAAUUUUCUUCUAUUGAUUCUGGUACUGAAAUAUACCAGAACCGUUUUCAAAAAGCUACACAUGAUCAUAAUUGUAGCCCAUCUAGUAACAAAGUGUUUCGUGGUGCUUCACAUAAAUUUGUUACACUACACGAGGAAUAUAACCAUAAUGAUGCACUUAAAAGAGAGAGAACUAAAUUUGACAAAAAGUAUUCUAUGAAAGGUCAUAGGAAUAAAAGAAACUCUUUUAAUGAACUUACUGAUAAACAUUUAAAUUUAGCCAGUAAAGAUAUAUCUUUAGAUUCCGUUAAAUGUAGCACCACAUCUGUACAGGUUAGUGAUGAGAUAUUCUUAAAAUCAGCGAAAAACAAUGUCUUGAGGGGUGAUAGUGAAAAGGAUUAUACUUCUAAGGGAAGUGAGAAGUGUUCUUAUAGGCAUGCUGGGGAUUCAAAGACUAUUACUGAACCAAAUAAUUCAGCUAAAGAUGUUACAAACUCUUUUACUAAGCCAAAUAAUAUGUUUGAAAUUAUUCCAAAAAAGAUAGGAAAAAAUAUUAAUGAUGUAUCAGAAUAUAUUGGUAAUAUAUGUAGAAUAGCUAGUGAGAAUGGUAGUGCAGUAAAUGAAGAGAAUAUAGAAAAUGACACAUCUUCUAAAGUGCUGAAUGAACAACAAAAUUAUAAUAAAUCUAAUGUUCUUCAAACCCAAUGUCACUUUCAAAGUAUUUUAGCAGAAAAUGACUCUGAGAUUCAAGAAAAUGUUAGGAAGAAAGACAAUUUAAGUAAUAUUAAUGAAUCUCUUAAAGGUAAAUCUGUAAAAUUUCCACAUAAAUCAUUAAAAGCUAAUAAAAAACAUACAGCAUCUUAUAAUACCCCAAAUUCUGGACACAAUUUUCAUUACUCAGGAAAUCAACAGUGCUUAAAAAGCCGCUUUAGAGACUCGACAAAACCACAAAUAAGAAGUUCUGACUGUGUGACACGUGUGAAGGAUAAUAUUUCAGAUAGUUCAUCAUAUAAGUCUGAUUUAACAGAUUGUAGUGACUCGUCAGACUUAAAAUUUCGAAAGAAUUUUAAAGAAUGUCAUUUUUUAAAUAAAAAAAGCAAGAAGUCAGACUUUCACAGAAAUGCACAAAAUUCUGCUUCUUUAAAUAAUUUUAAAUCAUUCAACAAGGAGAAGCCAGAAAAGACUGCAAUACAAGAGUCAUCAGGGAAUGAUAAAUCAUUGAAUUCUCCAAAAUGUUCUAAUAAUUUAGUUAAUGAAGGGCUGGGUGCAGUUUUGGAUGUUAUCAAUAAGAAGCAAGGAGAGUGUCCAUUAAAAUCUAGCAAAGACAAGGAAAAGGUAAAUGUCAGUAAUCCUGAGUUUCAAAAUAAGAACAAGCGGCAAACUAUAAGGUCUGAGGUAGCUGAGAUCGAAACUUCAGUAUUUGGCAGAAAUGAAAAUACAAGCAUGAAGAGUAAAGAAAUAAGCAACCCAAUUCCGAUUGAAAGCGAGUCAAAUAAUGCUAGACCAUAUCAGAAAAAUGAGGGAAAACGUAAGGAACAACAUAAGAAUAUCAAGCAAAAUUUUAAAAACUGCAUGCAUGGAGAAGAAAAGCAAAACAAUUAUAGCAUGGUUGGAUCUGAAUUACAUUUUACUAAAUCUGCUGUAAAUGAGUUUGACAAGAUAAAAAACAAGUGUCUUGAAGUAGGAUUUUUCAUUAAAAUUAAUGUAUCAGAAAAUGCUGCAGAUUUAAAGCACUGGAAAUAUCUUUUAACAAAUGCUUUUGAACAUGAUCGAUUUACUAUUGAACCUUGUUGCCAAUUUACUGGUACUUUAAUUUUAGAAUUUAAUUCGAAAAAGGAUGCUCUUAAUGCCAGAAAUAUCCUUAAUGAUUUAAAAACUCGGUCUAAAAAAAUUAAAGUGCCACAUGUGGUAUAUGUAUCUACUUUACUGUGGCAUUUGAAAAGACCGUGUGAUUGUGAAGAAAAAAUUAUAAGUGAUUGCCAAAAAUAUGUGUCUACAUGUUCUAAGAAAUAUAUAGCUGAACAUGAGAAAAAAAUUAAAAGUUUUACAGAACAGCUGAACAAAUUAAAGGGGCCUCAUAAAUUGAUUUCUGAACAUAAAUUAACAUUAAGAGAGAAAGUAAAUACUCUAAUAGAAAUGAAAGAUGUUUUUAAAAAAUUUGUUGAUGACACGAUGUCAAAAUUAAGCAAAGCGAGUAACAUGUUAGAAAUCCAAAAGCUUAAAAUUCAUUUUAGCCGGGAAUGCAAUAGUCUCCAAAGAUGUCUUCCAAUUUAUUCUAGAAAAACUGAGAUUUUGAGGUUAUUACGAUAUUAUUCAGUUUCUGUUGUUGUUGCAGAAACUGGUUCUGGUAAAAGUACUCAAUUAGUUGAAUAUUUCUUACAGUCAAAUGCAGCAGAAAGAGGCACCAUCAUUUGUACACAACCAAGAAAAAUUGCUGCUUUGAGUCUUACGGAGUUUGUAAGUGGUCAAAUAGGAUCAGCCGUGGGGCAGGUUGUUGGUUAUGAUAUUGGAACUGAGAAAAAAUAUUGUUAUAAAACAAAGAUCAUAUUUAUGACUGAUUACAGCUUAUUAAAAAUGUGUCUAAGAAACAGGCAUUUAAAGGGUAUCUCAUGUGUUGUUAUUGAUGAAGCUCAUGAACGAACCCUAUACACUGAUUUAUUACUUGGAAUGAUAAAAAACUGUGUUCAGAUGAGACCUGAUUUUAGAGUGGUUAUCACUUCUGCCACUAUAAAUCCAGAUGUUUUCAAGACAUAUUUCAACUUACCACAUGAAGCGAUCAUUAGUGUUCCUGGACGAAUGUACCCUGUUCAAGUUGUUUGGAUGAAGAAUGAUGUGAGUGUUGGAUGGGAUCAUGUUGAAGCAUGUGUAAAAAAGGCACAUGGUAUCCACACAGAAAAGGGGCCAGGGGAUAUUUUAGUGUUUUUAACCUCUCCAAGUGAAAUUGGGGAAGCAAUUUCUAUGUUUAAAGAAUUAUGCUCAAGUGACGAUAAAACUGCAACGUUACUGUGUUUGCAUGGGAAAUGUGAUAUACAAGAACAAGUGAAAGUAUUUCAGACUUCUACUGAUGGUUCGCGAAAAAUAAUAUUUGCAACUAAUUCUGCAGAAACUUCGUUGACUAUUCCAGGAAUAAAGUAUGUUGUUGAUAGUGGCAUGGCCAAAGAAAUGGUCUUUUUACCUGAAAAGAAGAAAAAUGCAUUGGUGUUGUCUUUCAUUAACAAAAGCUCUGCUGAACAGCGUAAAGGGCGAGCUGGUCGGACUCAGCCAGGAAUAUGUUAUCGUAUGUAUAGUGAAGAAAAUUAUAAAGUGAAUAUGCCAGCUAGAUCCCUACCGGAACUGCUGAGAACAAAUUUACAAAAAGCAUUAUUAAAAAUACUAGAAUUUGGUAUUCAACCUGAAUGCUUUGAGUUCAUUGAAUCACCCCCCAAAGAAGCAAUACUGACAUCUUUAGACUCUUUGGAGCAUUUAGGUGCUAUAAAAGAUAAUAAAUUAACGAAUUUGGGUAAACAACUAGCCCAGCUUCCAAUAGAACCUCGAUUUGCAAAGCUUAUAAUACGAGGCAUUGAUAUGGGUAUUGGUUAUGAAGCUGCAAUAAUUGCAGCUAUUGCUUCUGAGACAGGAAAACUAUUUAUGAGGCCUAUUGAUAAUAAAAUAGAAGCUGAUAAUAAGAAAAGGGAAUUUUGUUUAGAAGAAGGUGAUCUGUGUACUUAUUUAGAUAUCUAUAAACGAUGGCUUGCAGAACCAAGGGACAGAAGAUAUCAGUGGUGUAUAGAAAAUUUUAUCAAUUCCAAAGCAUUAAAUGUUGCUGCAAAAGUGCUAAAUGAUAUUGUCAUGAAUCUGCGUAAAGAGUUGUGCAUUAAUCUGCUUAAGAGAUAUAAUAAUUUAGCAUUUAAAUCUCAUUAUGAAGCAAUUAUUUUUGAAUGUUUUUCUGAAAACUUGUGCAUUUUUUCUGGACAUCCACAAACUGGAUAUUUAUCUCCAUACCUCUCAGAGAUGUUUUUCCUGCAUCCAUCUUCAUCUCUUUGUUAUUUGGGAAAGGAUAAUCCUGAAUUUUUAGUAUAUACUACCUUAAUGGAGACGUCACGUAAUUACCUUAUGGAUGUCACACCAAUAAGUGAGGAAACUGUAAGAAAGGCUUAUCAAAAAGGUAUUUUUAAAUUGCAGGUUGAUAUUCUGAAAUAUCUCCAAAUGCAUCAAAUGAUUUUGGGUCCAUUUGGAGAAUCAGUUUUGGUAAGGCAUGUUCUUGGAAAAGGAGGUUGUAAAAUUAUGGAUAUAGAAAAUCAAAUUGAAAAAUGUACCAGAACUAAAAAUUUCAGAGUUGAUGUCAAAGUGGAUAAAGGAUUGGUGGUAAUAUAUAUAGAAAAAAGAUUUCAUGUGAAAGUCAGUGACCUUAUUAAUGAGAUUAUUCAAGAGGCCCAUCUUAAUAUGAUGAAUGAGGAAGAUGCCAUUCAAAUUAUGGGAAGUACAACAUAUUUUUGUUUGGGUGCUGGAGGUAUUAUCAGUGAUAUCAUAAUGCCAGGAGAAUUUAAAGAAGUAAUAAUUGAAAAUUGUCAUAAAAAUAAAUCUGAACAUUUUAUUGAUUUUCUAAAAAAAUUUGGGCUUGUGCAGUCAGUAAAAAUUGUAAAAAAUAUAAAUAAUACUGUUCGAAUCAGUGUCACUUUUUUUAAGGCUGCUGAUGCAGAAACAGCUUUGUUAGGCUUGCGUCAGCAAGAAGCAACACUAUCUGUCCGGUCAACUGUUUGUCACCCCAGAAACAAGGAUAAAUCUAAACCCUUGUUUCGAGUACUUGUUACUUGGUGUCGUAUUCCAUCGAGUGGAACUGGAUGGAUUGAAUUUUAUACCCAAGAAGAUUGUAUAGCUGCAUCUGGUAAACUGACAAAUGCCUCUUUUUACAUUGGUGAUAAUUAUAUACAGUUUACACCAUCUCGCCAUAAUGUAAAAGAAUUAUAUAUGAAAAAUUUACCACCAUUUGUGACUGAAAAAGAUAUACGAGUUAAACUUUUAGAACGUCUUCCUGGUUUUCUGAAAGUGAGAGAUGUAACUAUUAAGAGAGAAAAGUCUGCUGAAGUCUCAAAAAAAGAUAUUGAUUUUAUAAAGCAAGAUCUGUUGAAAUUAUUCAGUCAUUUUACAUCACCUAAAAAUCUUUUAAUUGAUGUUAAGUUACCAAAAGCACAAGAUACACAAUGGAAUGCUUCAGUUUAUUUUGAAUGUAUAGAUGAUGGAGAAAGGGCUUUGAGAGAACUUGCUGGCAAAGCUAAGCUUGGUCAGCAUUUGCUUCACAUGCAGCAAAUUCUCAAGUCUCAUCUCAACUGCAAAAUACUGGUUUAUGAAGCACUUGAAAAAAAUAUUGCAGAGUUGGCUAAGGAUUAUAAACAAAGAAAAAUAUGCCAAGAAUUUUCAGUCAUCCCAAAUGUAAAAGAAGGUACGAUGCAUAUUACAUUUGGAUGCAAAAACAUAUCAGAGCUUGGUGAUUUAAGGCGAAAACUUAUGAAACUACUUCAAGGACGUGUUAUAGAAUGGUUUGGCAAUCCUAAUGCGUUUUUCAUUUUUACAAAAUAUGGCCAAGUAUUAAUUGACAAAGUUGGAAACUCCACAAAAACAUAUAUAGUUCUUAAUAACAUGCGAAAGUCAAUAUCAAUUUAUGGAUCUGUGGAUGAAUGUAAAAAUGCUGAAAGAAUGAUUCGUGACCUUGUAAACAAUCAGAGUCAGUCAAAUACCAAAGUUUUUGAUUUGAAUAACUCAAACAUCCCAUCUGGCUUUAUUAAAUGCUUAUUUAAUAAAUAUGGACUUGAUUUACAUGGCUUAAUAGAUGAUUUUAAUUUGAAAGCAGCACAUUUGGAUGUUUACCGUAAAAAAUUAAUGUUAGAAGGCCAAUCAAUAAAAUUAAAAAAAGCUGAAGAAAACCUGGAAAAAAUCUGUGCUGAGCUUUAUGCGAAAUAUACAGCUUCUGAAGAUAAUCCAGAAGAAACCUGCCCAAUCUGUCUGGAUCCAAUUUCAUAUGAUUUCCAAAGACUUGAAAACUGUGGUCAUGUUUUUUGCAAGAGUUGUCUUCUGUUACAAGUCAAAUCCAAAAGCAUACCUUUAAUUUGUGUCAAACAGAACUGUGAAAAGCCACUUUUUUUGGAAGAUAUCAAAAGAAUUCUAUCUGUGGGUGGAGAAGAUGUUAAGAAGCAGUUUUAUGAUGCAGCUGUGCAAUAUCAUGUGAAGUCUAACAUGGGAAAAAUUAGCUAUUGUCCUACUCCAGAUUGCCCAACUGUUUUCCGAGUUUCGAAAGGAGAAAAUUCUGAAUUCUUGUGUCCAGCUUGUGAAAAUGUGAUUUGUACACACUGCCAGACAAUUUACCACUAUGGAAUAUCCUGUGAUAUGUUUCAGAAUUCUGAAAAGGAUGAAGAUUAUUCAUUAAAGGUUUGGAUCAAGGAAAAUGAAUCUGCACGAAAACAUUGCCCAAAGUGUAAUAUGGUUAUUGAAAAGGAAAGUGGGUGUAAUCAUAUGGAAUGUGUAAACUGUAAUUCUCAUAUGUGUUGGUUGUGUCUGAAAAUCUUUCCUACUGGUCCAGAUGUAUAUGACCAUUUACCAUAUUGUCCUGAAAAUCAGAAUCCAUCACUUGACGAUGUAAUGUAAUUUCUAGUAAUAUGUAAAGUAAAUGGAGAUAUAUUAUAAAUCCAAAUUAAAAUGUUACUUUCAAUUGAAAUUUGGUACCAAUUUCUAAUCUAUUUUUAUAAUUAAAAGUAUUUAUUUAUUUCUCAAAUUUAAUUAAUUUAAUAAAAGUAUGAUUUUAUUGUAUGAAAAUUUUUUUGGGGAUUUAAUUAUUUGGAAUUGAUUAAAUAUUGCAGUGUGAUUUCUGUUCAUCAUAUAUUACAUCUGUACUUUACUUUCAGAAGAUAUUAAGGUAAAAUGCAGCUACAGUGUACAAUAGAUUGCGUUCUGAAAUUUUAUUUUCAAAUCAAAUUUGUUACCAGCUUUUUAAGUUGUUUUUGUUCUUAAAAGAUAUUAAUUUCUUUCAGAUUGUAUUUUAAUGCAUUUAGUGAAAGUAUGUGAUAUUAUUGGCUUCAUAUGUAAUAAUUUUUUUAUAUGCAGUUACAUAGAAUUAAAUAACUACUAAAGGAUUUUAUAGAAACGGAAAAAGUCUUAAAAGCAAAUGAUAAAAAAUUGUGUUGAUUCAUAUCCAUUACUCAUAAAGCAUAUUUAAUUUUUAUAUACCAAAAUGAACCUGACAGGAAUUUCUAGGAUCGAAAUGCUCAAAAUAAGUAAUAUAGAAUUUUUAAGAAUUAAAAAUUUUAUAUGAACUUACUACAGAAUAGAAUAGAAUAGAGAAAUUACCUUAGUAUAAUCCUUCAGUGUGAAUGUGUAGCGACGCUGGAUAAAACUUUCAAGACUUUAUAAUUAGUUUAAUUUUUUAAAUUUAAUAUUAAAGUAAAUUUUAGCAGAUAUUUUAUCCCUAUUUGUGCAUUUUAAGACCUUUUUGAGAUAAAAGAGGUAUUUCAUAUUUCUAUAGUUAUUAUUUAUAAAGGAAGUUAUUUGUUUAUCUUAUUACAGCAUGAAAGUUAUUAUCUUUAUUUUUGAAAUGUUAUAAGUAAGUUUUACUUGUUAAUAUUUUGUAAACGAUCACAAAAAUUUUUUUUUUGACAUUGUUUAUCAUAUUUACAAUUUACUGUACAUGCUAAGCAUCAUAGAUAGUCAAAAUUGGAAACUUAAGCAGCUCUGUGUAACAAAAAGAGUUGAUUAUGCAAGUACAGAAUUCUCUGUUUUGUACUUAUGAUUUCAUUUUUUUAAAUUACCAGAAUCAACAAACAUAUCUCACUUUAAUUGUUAAUUUGUGUAGAAAAGCAAAUGAAUCUCUUUAAAUUUUUUUUUUUUUAUUAAAGUUAAUGCUUGAACUCCUACCUACUUUUAAUUUUAUUAUAGAAAAACAUUUAAAAAAAAUGCUUGUUAUACUUACUCUUGUAUCUGUUUUUAUUUCUUGUGAAAAGUUUGUAAGUCUAAUCCCCGCCUAUCAUUUCAGUGAAGGAAAAGUAUUUCAGUUUUUAUUAAUUCUCUUGAGUUAUUAUUUUUUAAGUUACAGAAUUCUUUUUUAGUUAUAUUUUGAAUUGCAUAAUUUAUAGGCUGUGACAGCAGACACUUUUGAGAAUAGAGUUCUUUCACUUCUGAUCAUAAUUAUAAGCAAAUAUUUUUUCAUCAUUGCAAAUUCAAAGUACACCUGAAUGUCAGUUUAUUUUAAGAAUUUACUUUAUUGAUUUUGCUUUCAUUGUUCUUUUUAUGUAUGUUUGAGGAAAAUUUGUAAAAUGGUCAUGUGCAUUAAAUUCUUGUCUUAUUAGCGAGCUUGUUAGCAUUAAAAUGAAAGAAAUUGUUUUUGGUAGUUACUCACAUUUUGAGGGCAUUCAUAUAUAAGCAAACAAAUGAGUCAAUUGUUCAUAACAUGAUCAUCUGCCUAGAUUGGAGAAGCUGAGACAGAUGUUUCCCUUGUACAUCUUCAGGCCUGCUUGCAAUCUAAGAAGUUUUGGAAGAAUCCAUUUUCUAGGAAAUUCUGGUUUCAGUCUAGAAAUUCGAGAAUAUACCAUUUCUUCAAAUACGCUGUUCUGAAGGAAUCUAUUUUUUAAGCCAUAUUUCAUCUUUAUUUAUCUUUGUUGAAAUUGUAUAUUUGUACACUGAUCUACAUUUUCUGUUAAUGGUCUUCAAGAUAAGAAAUUUAAUUUAAUGAUCUAACUUAUGUGUGCGAUUGUUGAUUCUAAGCUGUACCAUUCACGCUGUUUGUUGUACUUCUGUCAUUCUUAUUGUCUUUCAGUUGUAUACUAGUCUAUAUUUACAUUUAUUAUACAUAAACUUAAAUUUUUUGAGUUCCAUUUUAUGUUUUUUCUAUUUGCUCUUUUAUCUUCACGCUUAGUAUAGCUUGCAACAUUCACAAUAUAACUUUUCUAAUUCUUACUAUUUGAUUCUUCUUGAUAUCUCAGUUGUAUAUUGGACCGCGCUAUCUGGACCUUCUGUUUUGUAUGUUUUAGUUUGUUUGAUAUUAUUUUACUGUAUUACACGUAUCUAAAUGGAAGAUUUCGGUAUUUUUAGUUAACAAUUCAUUAUAAAUACGCAUUGCAUCUCUUGGAAGUUUUAUUGUGAGCUUCUGACAUGAGUAUUAUACAAAGUUAGUGUUAUGUUUAGGCACCUCAUUUAUUUAGUAAUUAAUCAACAUAUAUUAACUAAGAAGAUAGUAUAUAAGAUGGAUCUAUAUUUGUAUAUAAACUUCUUGUACAUUUCAUGUAGUUAUUGAAAUGGAAUUAUAUUUCUUUCUAUGAUAUAUAAUUAAUUUGUAUAUAACUUUGUACUUAAUGUGAAAUAAGUGUUGACUGUGAUGUUGAGUUCCAGUGCUGCUCGGCAUUUUAUAUUUUUAUUUAUUGUUAUGGUUCUAUGUAAAUAUGUUAAGAAGCAAGAUAUUCUAGUUCAAUAAACUUUUAUAUAAAUAGUGAAA